AUGGGGAAGAACAAACAAGAUCAGAAACAAGACCUGAAAACCGCGAAGGGUACAAGAGAUUGGUCCGACGAGGAUCAAAAUGUUCUGAAGGGCAUUCUUGAUACCAUUAGCAGAGUCAUUCGAGAAAAUGCUGGGAAGGAAUUGGUCACACCUGUGUUCGAAUUAGAGGAAGUGCUCAAGGGCAAAUACGGCGAGGACUCAAAACUGAUAUACGACCUCAAAGACCAGGGCGGAGAGGCAUUGAGCCUACGAUAUGACCUGACUGUCCCAUUCGCGCGAUGGCUGGCCAUGAACCCGAAUAUCAGCAACUACAAGCGUUUGGCGGUCGACAAAGUAUGGCGCCGGGAUCAACCUGCACUUGCAAAGGGACGGUUACGCGAGUUCUACCAAUGCGAUCUCGAUUUCGCUGGGCCAUCGGAUCCUAUGAUCGCGGACUCUGAGAUAAUCGCAAUCAUUGUGGAGGUCUUCGAGACAUUGGGCUGGAAUGGCCGAUAUACUGUCAAGCUCAAUGAUAGGCGUGUCCUAGAUGGUAUGUUUGAAGUCUGCGGCGUGCCUGAAGACAAACUUCGGCCGAUAUCUUCGGCUGUCGAUAAAUUGGACAAGGCUCCGUGGGAAGAGGUUCGGCGGGAGAUGGUUGAGACGAAGGGCCUCGAGCCCGAGGUUGCGGACAAGAUCAAAGGCUACGUGAUGCUCAAGGGUGGCAAAGACCUGGUAGAGAAGCUGCAGAAGGAUGAAGCACUUAUGGCCAAUCCCAAGGCCAAGCUUGGGAUCGAGGAGAUGUCCCUACUGUUCAGAUACUUGGCAGCAUGGAAGGUCGUCGACAAGGUCAACUUCGACUUAUCACUCGCCCGCGGUCUAGACUACUACACCGGCAUCAUCUACGAAGUCCGCGCCGAGGAGUCAACAUCAUUCUCUGCUUUCGACACACCCACCUCGAACGGCGCCACGAGCCAACCAGAAAAGCCGAAGCAAGAAAGCAAGAAGAAAGAGAAGAAGCCUGUUGCUGAAGACGAGGACCGUAGCGAUGAUCCCUCUGUGACUGUCGGCUCCGUUGCAGCAGGUGGUCGAUACGACAAUCUGGUCAGCAGAUUCCGGCCCAACGCCAAUGUGCCCUGCGUAGGCGUCUCCUUCGGUAUCAACAGAAUCUUUGCCAUCACUAAAGAAAGAAUAGCAAAAGGCGAGAAGUUCGAUUACAUAACGGACAACGCUAUGGAUGUGUAUGUCAUGGCGUUCGGGUCAGACAUGACAGAAUCGCGGAUCGCGAAGAAGCCAAAGCCCAACGUGCAGUACAAGUUCGCCGAGACUGCUGGUGCGCCACUGGGAAUCAUCCUUGGGGAGGAGGAGGAAAAGAAUGGGGAGUUGCGCAUCAAGCGGCUGGGCAUUCAGGACGAGAAGGAGAAGGAGAGACUGGGCGAACUGGCUGACAAAGGCAUAGUGGUCAAGAUGGCAGAUGUCGGCAAGGAGUGUAGGCGGCUGUUGGACGAGGUCAAGCUGGAGCAGAAAACGCAAUCGCUGAGUCUGAAAUAG